CUUUUUUUUUUUCUUUUUUUAUUUCGUUCUUUCGCAUCGGAGCACGUAGUGAAGCUCGCUCGCUUGGCUGCUGUCGUGUGCGUGCGUGUGCGCGGAAACAGCACACGAGAUCGUCGUAUUUUUUUUUUCUGCACCAAAAGAAGUACACAUAUAUAACUAUCAUCGCCGCGACGUCGAGAGCCGGGCCCAGAGAGAGCAAAAGAGAGAGAGAGAGCGAAAGAGAGGUUCGCGUUCGCAUGCGAAAUAAGGCAUCAUCGCAGCGAAGCGACGAUGGCAUCGCCGUUACCUCGUCGUCGUUAUUGCAUUAUUCUUGGCGGCCGCAACGACGAGACCAUCAGCAGUGCAAAAUGUUACGUGUGAUCGAGGGGCGCCAACGCCGAGAUUAACGGCCGUUAUUACAGUGUAUAUUUAUUAUAAAUGUUUUGGUGUACGCACAGCCGUGAGUGAGAGAGAGAGAGCUGAAAAAGUGCCUAUAUAGAGAGAGUUGUGUUUUCGAGUGCUCGACACGAUCCGGGUGAAAGUGCAUGUUUUUGUGUACACAAAAAGUGGCUUACGUUUAUCCUAGCGUUAGUGCGUUCAUUUAUUUAUCUUUUCCCGAGGGAAGUGAGCUUUUUCGCGUCUUGGACGCGACACGCAGCCCAGUAAUAGAGCCCAACGAGCGAGAUGGCUCAAGAACCGGACGAAUUGAAUCUAACGCCGCAGGAGUUGCAAACCCUUUCGGAGUUAGAUAGUCGACAAUUUUCUUUCUUGAAAUUGAAUUCAUCAGAACAAACCAAAAAGAAAGCCUUAGUGGUCCGUGCAAUCAAAUAUUUAGAGAGAAUGUUAGUGCAAGCGCAAUCUGAAAAGCAGCGCAGAAAAAAAGUCGAUAGCAAUAGCAAUAAAACAAAUUUAGAAGGAAGUAAAGAUAAAGAGGAUGAUGAAGAAGACAAAGGUAUCAUCAGUAUUGACCCAAAAACAUAUUGUAAAUUAGGACAUUUUCACUUGUUAUUAGAAGAUUAUACAAAAGCAAUGUCUGCAUACCAAAAAUUUUACUCGUUAUCUAAAGAUUAUUGGAGAGACCCUUGUUUCCUGUAUGGUUUAGGACUGGUGUAUUUUCACUUCAACGCAUACCAAUGGGCGACAAAGGCUUUCCAGCAGGUGAUAUGGGUGGAUCCGAGUUUCUCGCGCGCCUGCGAGGUCCACUUGCGGCUCGGUCUCAUAUUGAAGGUACAUAAUGACUUCGAGGCCUCGCUGAAGCAUCUGGGAUUGGCGCUCAUCGACGUCGCGUCGCCGUCGUCGCUCACAAAAGUCGAAAUUAAAUUUCACAUAGCCCACGUGCUCGAGCUACAAGGCAAGACCCGCGCGGCGAGGGACCAGUACGAGGCCAUCCUCAAAGAGAAGAACGUUCCGUUGCACUUGAAGGCAGAUAUAUGCCGUCAGUUGGGAUGGCUGUAUCAUGUUUCCGAUCCUAAUGUAUUUGGGAUCAACAAGGGCCAAAAACUCAGCGUCGCGAUACACUGCCUCCAAAAGUCUAUAGGCGCUGAGCCGACCAGUGGACAGAGCUUAUAUCUCUUGGGACGCUGUUUGGCGACGUCGGGUCAGGUGCACGACGCUUUUAUCGCAUACAGGAGUUCAGUAGAAAAAUCGGAGGGCAACGCGAAUACCUGGUGCAGCAUAGGCAUACUGUAUCAGCAGCAGAAUCAGCCGCUCGACGCGCUCCAGGCCUACGUGUGCGCGGUGCAGCUCGACAAGACGCACACAGCCGCCUGGACGAAUCUCGGCAUACUCUACGAGAGCCACUGCCAGCUAAAGGACGCGCUGGCUUGCUACGUCAACGCAUCGAGGGGAAACAACAACAACAGUACCACUGCCAUAACCAAUAUUUCAACGUCAGCCAAUAACGCUGCCAACAACAAUAAUCAGAAUCAAGCGCCCAACGGUCAGCAGUCCAACUUCCCGGGAUUGUUAGUUUCUUGUGGUGCACCGAAUCCUUCACUUUUGCAACGCAUAAAUUACCUUCAGAGUUCGCUGAGGGACGCACCCAUGCCUUCUGUCGCUACCAAACGUCGUACUUUACCGUCGAUUGAAGAAGCUUGGAACAUGCCGAUCAGCGCGGAGCUAUCGAGUCGCCAGCAGCAAAUGCAGCAGCAACAGCAGAAUAUCAAAUACGCAGCUGGCGGAGCAAACGCCCCGCCACCCUACGCUCAAGCAAAUAAUGGACCCAACAAAAGAUUUAAAGCGGAUGAAGUUGGCAGUGGACAGGUUGCUGUGCAACAACCAAUGCAACAACAGCAGCCUCAGCAGCGGCCAGCAUUUUAUCUCAAUCCACAACAGAUGCAGAUGCUUCAAGUUUUACAACAAAAUCAAAGCAAUUUGAAUCCUCAGCAGCAAGGAAUACUUAAUCAGUUGCAGAAUCAGUAUAGGGCUAUGCAACAGCAUUCGCAGCAAAUGAGAAUGCAACAACAAAAUCCUGCAGCCCAAAGAGGAUUGAGACCCGGAAUGCCUGGUUAUCCAGUAGGAUAUGCUCAGCCUGGACAACCUGGCGCUGUCAAUAAAGCAUAUGGAAAUCCGCAGCAGCCGCAAAGUGGAACAGUUGCUUUGCAAACUGGCUUCAAUGAUUCAAACGUUAAUUACAACGCAGCAGCAGCCACGGGCAAUUGCCAAACAGCUGGUAUGCCUUACAAGUCCGCUUCAGACCCUACUUAUCGUCCACCAAGUCAGAAUCAACAGCCAGCUACGCCGCAGUUGCAACAGCAGCAGCAACAGCAACAGCAGCAGCAACCUCAGCAACCACAAACACCCCAAGGAACGCAGCAGCAGUUUGCUAGCCAACAGUAUCAACAACAACAGUACGGUUACACACAAAUAUCGUCGACCACGAGCUGUUACCCAGAAGGAUCGUCUGCCAAUGCUAACAAAGAUGCUUUGAAUGUGUCAGAUCAAGAAUUACAGGCACUCUUAUCCCAAAAAGAUAUAACCACGUCUUUUGCGGAGGAUCUAUUGAAACACUUUGCUGAUCAAGGACUGGAUGUUAGAGAGGAGAGACAAACUAUGUUGAAUAACGGUAUUAGUUCUGGAUCUACGCCUCCAUCCAGCAAUAAAGAGCUAGACCCCAAAGAUAUUAAAGUGGAAAAAAUGGACGAAUCUAAGCCAUUGACAGCGUCUGUCAAAUCUGAACCAACAACAACCAUUGAUGCGGUAAAGUGCGAAGCAACUUCAUCAACGAAAAAUGACCCAGCAGCGUUAUUGCGUUAUGAACCAGUACUGCGCUUGGAGCGUUUGAACGAAAGUCAAGUUGAACCGGAAUUUACAAUUGAUAUGGAUUCACGACGUAUUGUAGAAUUGUGUAAACAAUACAGUCACAAGAGUAUACCUAGUAGUUCUAUUCUGAAUGACAAAGCUCCUCCGCCGACUCCACCAGAUCCGCCAAGUCAGAGACUUACGAAAGAACAACUACAACCAGCUACCCCUAGUGUUUUCUUGGAGAAUAAACGAGAUGUGUUUAGUCCAAUUUUGCAAGAGUUUUGUUUGAAGCAUCCAAUUGCCGUUGUUCGAGGUUUAGCAGCCGCUUUAAAAUUGGACCUCGGUUUAUUUUCUACUAAAACACUGGUGGAAGCUAAUCCUGAUCAUACGAUCGAAGUCCGUACCCAGCUUCAACAAGGUUCUGAUGAAAAUUGGGACCCUACCUUGUCUCGUAAGGGUUGGGCUUGUAUUAGUCAUCGAAGUCAUACAACAAUCGCUAAGUACGCUCAAUACCAAGCGUCUAGUUUCCAGGAAAGCUUGAAAGAAGAACGAGAUAAAAGUUACGGUAUUCAACCAUCAAAUUCGACUGCAAACUUAUCCGAUAGCGAUUCUAAAGAUAGUACCGGGGUAAAUGUAAAACGCAAGAAAAAUAUGUAUGGAUUGAAAGGCCCUGUUGGAUCCAAAAUGUUACGUUUUGGUACAAACGUUGAUUUGUCAGAUGAACGUAAAUGGAAGGUCCAACUUCAGGAGUUGACAAAGUUGCCCGCAUUUGCCCGGGUAGUUUCAGCUGGAAACAUGCUAAGUCAUGUAGGACACGUAAUAUUAGGCAUGAACACUGUUCAGUUGUACAUGAAGGUACCUGGCAGUCGUACUCCUGGUCAUCAAGAAAACAACAACUUUUGCUCGAUUAACAUCAAUAUUGGUCCCGGAGAUUGCGAGUGGUUUGGCGUGCCAGAUGCGUAUUGGGGUGUCAUAAAUAAUCUAUGUGAGAAAAACAACAUCAAUUAUCUCCAUGGAAGCUGGUGGCCGUCCAUUGAAGAUCUCCAUGAAGCGAAUGUACCAGUUUAUCGUUUCCUUCAACGACCUGGCGAUCUUGUGUGGGUCAAUGCUGGUUGUGUACAUUGGGUGCAAGCUACCGGUUGGUGCAAUAAUAUUGCUUGGAAUGUUGGUCCUUUAACUGCUAGGCAAUACCAUCUUGCUAUAGAACGAUAUGAAUGGAACAAACUUCAGGCUUUCAAAUCAAUUGUGCCAAUGGUGCAUUUGUCGUGGAAUUUAGCUAGAAAUAUCAAGGUUUCCGAUCGCAAACUUUUCGAAUUGGUAAAAACGUGUUUGAUGAGAACUUUGAGGCAAUGCAAUCUCAUUCUCGAGUACGUGAAAUCGAAAGGUGUUUCAGUACGAUUCCAUGGACGAGGAAAAAAUGAAGCUUCUCAUUAUUGUGGGCAAUGCGAAAUUGAAGUAUUUAAUGUUUUGUUCGUCCGUGAGCAAGAAAAAAGGCACGUUGUUCACUGCCUUGAUUGUGCGCGCAAACAAUCUCCCACUCUGGAAGGCAUCGUUUGCCUCGAAGAGUAUCGCAUGCGGGAACUCAUGGACGUAUACGAUAACUUUGUAUUACACGCACCGCCUCAAACACAACCAACAUAUCAUCUACAUCAACAACAACAAUCGACAUAUCAAAAUCAACAACAAUCACAACCCCAAUCACAGCAACAAACCCAAUCACAGUCGCCGAAACAGCAGCAACCGCAGCCACAGCAGCAACAACAGCAACAACAGCAACAACAAGUUGCUCAACAGACAUCACAAACCCAACCACAAUCGAUAUCACAAAAAUCCCCGCAGCAGCAGCAGCAGCAACAACAACAACAACAACAACAACAACAGCAGCAGCAACAACAACAACAACAACAACAACAACAACAACAACAACAGCAGCAGCAACAGCAACAACAAUUUCAAUCUCAACAGAUGCAACAGCAGACAAAUAUGCAACCGAUUCAGCAACAAGUGCGAAAUACACCGCCUCAUGUUAAUCAAAUUUCCUGAGACGAAGAGUCACACAGUAAUCCAGGCUAUUCUGAUUAGACAGUCUAUUUGCUGUGCUACUUAUUUUUCUAUUUCUCGCCUUAUGUGAUAAUUGACUGAUGUUUCGCUAUUAAUAAUAGCGCAAAAAACUAUUUCUCGUGUACGUGUGUGUAAGUUACCCGUGUUCAAGUGAAGAUUUUUCCUCGUUAUUAAAAUAUAAUUUUGAUCGUGUACAGAAAGGUUAUAAAUAUAUAUAUUAUAUAUAGAGAUAGAGGGAGAGAUCUAAGUGUAUUUUGUAUUAUAAGCUAGGUUAAUGAACUAUAAAUUGUUUAGUAUGAUUCUUGUAAAUUAAAAUUUUUCCGUAUCGUAAGUAUCGUCCGAUAAAAAUGAAUUUGUGUGUGACAACACUAAGAGACAUAAUUUUGGGGCGUUGAAUUAAGCUUAUGAUCGACAGAUUCAACUUCCUGGUGAUCAUGAUUUAUUUUUUUGUUUCAAAAGAUUGUUUAAUUGUUCCAUCACUGCCAAAUAUAAACGUGCUUAUACUUAUAACUAUUCGGUAAACUAGGAAUGAACAAAUGGAAAAAGAAACAUGUACAUCUUUGUAUUUUUCUUGAUGUGUCUAAAUAAUGAAUUAAUUACGGUAAUUGAAAAAUUGAACAUGCUGUGAUUUAUAAGUGAAUAUAUAUUUAUAUAUAUUCUCGUGAAAAAUCAUGUUCAAAUAUGAUAACUUACAAAACAUUGUACAUGAAAAUUUUGUUGAUGAAUUAACUCUGAAUAAUUUUGCUUAGAACAAAUAUUCUUGGUAUAAUUAAUCUUUGAAUAUUAUAAAGUUAUGGCUGAACGCAAAA